AUGGCUGACUGUACUCAUGAAGCUUCAGCCUCUAGCUUCUCCCCGCAGCUGCUACUGUUUGAUUCCUCUCACCCUUCUUAUCCCUCUCACCCCUCUCACCCCUCUCACCCUUCUCAUCCCUCUCAUCCCUCUUACCCCUCUCACCCCUCUCAUCCCUCUCACCCCUCUCACCCCUCUCAUCCCUCUCACCCCUCUCACCCCUCUCAUCCCUCUCACCCCUCUCACCCCUCUCACCCUUCUCAUCCCUCUCACCCCUCUCACCCCUCUCACCCCUCUCAUCCCUCUCACCCCUCUCACCCCUCUCAUCCCUCUCACCCCUCUCACCCCUCUCACCCUUCUCAUCCCUCUCAUCCCUCUCACCCCUCUCACCCCUCUCAUCCCUCUCACCCCUCUCACCCCUCUCACCCUUCUCAUCCCUCUCAUCCAUCUCACCCCUCUCACCCCUCUCAUCCCUCUCGUCCCUCUCAUCCCUCUCACCCCUCUCACCCCUCUCAUCCCUCUCACCCCUCUCACCCCUCUCACCCUUCUCAUCCCUCUCACCCCUCUCACCCCUCUCAUCCCUCUCACCCCUCUCACCCCUCUCACCCUUCUCAUCCCUCUCCGUGGUAUGUUCACUGCCCACCCAUGCCUUCCCUCCAGGCGCUGCUGACGCUCUGGGCCAAGGCAGCGCCGCAGCAGACAGAGGUGACCCUCAGAGGCAUCUCUACCCUCACAAACGGUGCCCUAACCCACCUCACUUCGUUGCGCCAGCUCAUAACCGUCGACCUUGGGGACUCCUCAGGCUUCUCUGCGGUGGGAGUGCGCAAGCUCUACUCCCUUCCAUCGCUCGUGCAUCUGGAUCUCACGGGCUCGUGCACCGACGCUGCUCUGGAAGGCAUCGACCGCGUGAAGAGCCUGCGCACGCUGAUUCUUUUCAACAGCGGGAUCACAGACGUGGGGCUUGCAAGGCUGGAAGGAAUGACGUCUCUCCUGAAGCUGCACCUGGGAGGAUGCACGGGGAUUACAUCUGCUGGUAUGGCCCAUGUGGGGAAGCUGACUGCAUUGGAGGAGCUUUCACUGCAUGAGUCAGGAGUGGGGGAGGAUGGGCUGAUGCACCUUACCUCUCUCGCCAACCUAAAUUACUUCACAGUGCCCCCCCGAGUGAUUGACUCACGCAUGAAGUAUUUGAGGAAUAUGAAUCGGCUGGAGAGGCUGGGGCUGUGGGAUGUGGAGAUUACUGCAAAUGGUUAUCAUCACCGGAGUGACAUUCAAAUAUAG